GCCGGGUGUCUGUGCGGCCCAGUUGUGACGCAGCAGCCUGGAGGGAAGCAGCGUGCCACGUUGUCCUGCCUGCCCAGACAGAGCUCGUGUAUCUUGUGUCUCCACGGGAAUACCUCAGAAAGAAUCGUCCGCAAUGGAAGCAGUUAAGGACAUCACAGAGACGGUGGCUGUCAACCUGGGUGCCCUCCUGGACGCCGGGGACGACGCCAUGGUGAUACUCGAGGCAGGUGACACUCGGCUGGUGGUGCACAGGGCCGUCCUGGCGGACAGGAGCCCCGUAUUCGCGGCCAUGUUCGCCCACGACACCCUCGAGGCCUGCACUGGCGUGGUGAGGAUUGCCGACAUCGGUGGCCCGGUGCUGAGGGAGCUGGUCUCCUACCUGUACACCCUGCGGCCCCCCCAGCUGCCCGGCAUGGCCCCCCAGCUGCUGACUGCAGCGGAUAAGUACGGGGCGUCGGGGCUGAAGGCGGAGUGUGAGCGGCAGGUGGCCGCUCAGCUGACCGUGGAGACCGCGGCGGCCGCAGCCACCCUCGCAGUCCGCCACUCCUGCAGUGACCUCAGGCGAGCAGCCAUCGAAUUUAUUAAGACCUGUCCCUUCGAGGUGAUGGCCACUCAGGGGUGGGCAGAUGCGAUGCGGAAGCAGCCGGAAGACUUGAUUGAAGUGAGCCGGUUGCUGUACGAUCCACCACCACAAACCAGUGCACCAGUCGUUACAGAGCCGAGGACCACCACCACCAGCACCACAACCACAACCAGAACCGCCACCACCACCACUGCCACCGCCACCUCUGCCAGCGCACCUCGCCAGACACCUGCUGCUGCGCGGCCCACGACUCCUCCACCUGAUGAGGCCACUGUCUCUCAAAUGCGGAGCCUUUCUGAGGAGGAGCGAGGCAGGAGGCUGAGAAAGGCGGCUGAGGAGGGGGCGGUGGAGGAGGUGCGGGCGUUGCUGGCGGCUGGGGCGGACGUGGGGGCGAGGGGCGGGGGCGGGCGGACCGCCCUGCACUGCGCUGCAGGGAGAGGCGACGCGGCUGUGGUGCGGCUGCUGCUCUCUGCGGCGUCCGACCCCAACGCCAGGGAUCUGGGGGGGUGGACGCCGCUGCACUUGGCGGCACAGUAUGGCCACGCAGAAGCGGCGGCUGCGUUGCUGCAGGCCGGAGCCGACAGGGCGGUGAGGAGUAAUAGUGGGAACACCCCCCUGGACUACGCCAGGCGGCGACACCAUCAGCAGCUCGUCGAGAUGCUAACACGGCGUUAAUACGUGCCACUAGAGGAAAUGACAU